AUGCGUUUGUCCUGGCUCUCUAUCUUCUCCCUCUCUGUCCUCGUUGGCCUCGCAUCGGCCGCACCCGUUGCUGAACCCGCCCUUGAGCAACGGGAGGCUUACGAGCAGCGCAGCGCACCAGAAGCAGUGACUUACUUUGCUAUGAACCACUCGCUCUGUGACACAGAGCGCAAUCACAUAAGUCAUGUUGCUACUCCGAUGGGUGUGACUUCGAAGUUCUGUAAGAGAUGGCGAUGGCGAUGCCAACGUAUAUCUUUCACUGGCCACAAAUCGCUUGACCCAUGCGGGGACAAUAUACGCGCACUGUAA